GUUGCUGCGCAGAGCUUUCGACCUUGUGUGUGUGUGAGUGAGCGGGCCCGUUUCGUUGAUCGCCAUUUCUCCCAUGAAGCCAUUCUUUGUUUAUCGGGUUCUGAAAGACUCCUCGACCACGUAAAGUCCUGUGAUUAAUUCUUUCAGAUUCAGGACUGUAGUGAAAGUCUGAUAUUUUAGUGAAUUAUUUCAAUCCUGCACACUGUGUGACUAGAGUUAUUCAGUUUGUGUUACUUCAAACCAAUUGAGCAAUCAUGGCAUCAAGAAGGAAGCUCCUCCUCAAAAUUAUCAUCCUUGGUGACUCAGGUGUUGGUAAGACAGCUUUGAUGAACCAGUAUGUCAACAAAAAAUUCUCCAACCAGUACAAAGCCACAAUCGGAGCUGAUUUUCUAACGAAAGAAGUCAUGGUUGAUAAUCGAAUCGUCACUCUUCAGAUUUGGGACACAGCUGGUCAAGAGAGGUUUCAGUCGUUGGGUGUGGCAUUUUACCGAGGAGCUGAUGGCUGUAUUCUCGUUUUCGAUACAACUUCAAUGAACAGUUUUGCAUCCUUAGAUGCAUGGCGAGAUGAAUUCCUCAUUCAGUCUUCACCAAAGAAUACGGAGAACUUCCCGUUCGUAGUUCUAGGGAACAAAAUCGAUUUAGAAAACAGAGCAGUUUCAACGAAGCGAGCGCAAAAAUGGUGCCAAACAAAGAACAACAUCCCUUACUUUGAAACUAGUGCUAAAGAAGCUGUCAACGUAGAACAAGCCUUCGAAACUAUUGCCAAAAGCGCCAUUGCUCUCGAAAAGGAAGAGAUCUACAAUGACUUCCCUGGCGAUAUCAUCCUUGAUAGAGAUAAUAAACCGAAUAAUGGCGCAGCUUGUAAUUGUUAAUACAGAUUUGAAAUGGCUGACGAAAGUAAGCGAUGACGGCUGGCAAAAUCCUCAAUUUAAGAUCCUUUCAUCAUCAAGGAAAUCAAGUCUCCAUUUCAGAUCGCCCUCUCAAUUUGAAUGAUCCUUUUGUGAUAAUGACUUUUUACAUGUUAUUCUCUUAUUUUUAUACAUUAAUUCAAUGAAUUUAUUCCACUUCGAAGAAACGAGACACUUUACAGCAUCUCAUUGAUCUGUUGUGUAGCUCUCCUCCUUAUUCAAAUGCCUUGUUUAAUUUUUGAGUCAGGAAAGUUAUUAUUCAACGGAUUACUGGAAACUGAUUAUUUUAUUCUAGGAAGGUAUCUUGUUGAAAUACUUAUCUCUUUUUCCGGUAGAAAACUGUGCUGAAACUUUAACCACACUGAAACAGUCUAAAAAUUUAUUUACCAAAUAAUAUCAGCAUGAGUACAUACAGAAGUAUCCAUAAAAAAUAAUUUUUUUUUAAGUCCUUAAAUGAUUGAAAAGAUACAGUGCAAUUCAAUCUUGCCUUGGUGAUCCCUGUUAUUAUUUUGAUAGUCAUUUUUGGUUUUAAGAUUCUCUGAGAGUUAUUAAAUUUUUAAUUUCCAUCUUUUUUUGCUUUUUACUAUCGUAGCUUUUUCCUUUAAUCUGGAGGUCCUUAAAAUUCAUUGUUUGAACAAUCAAAAGUGUGAAAACUGUAGAAAGGAAUCAUCUCUGAAGAAGCCCUUUAGACACGAUAAAGGAUGAGUGAAGUUCCACCAUAGAAUUUUAAGUCUGAUGUGAGAAUUUAAUCAUUAACUCAGCCUACCUGCCUGUUUAUCCUCUGCUUGUAGCUUCUGAGAGCAUUUUGGUAAAGAUUUUGGGUAGUUAAAUCAAAGGCUUAUAAAAAGAGAGAGAGGCCCAUGAAAGGCCUUUGAAAGGAGUUUGAUACGAGGUGAGAACUUUAGGUCUACUUUCCAAAAAUAGUACAAAGAAAGGAAAGUUUAGAAAAAUUACGUCUCAAUUAUUGAGGCUGCAUGCUUGUCGCUUAUAAGUGUAAAUUUGUUAUUGAUGGUACCUAGAGAAUUUUUUCUUCUUUUUUUUUCGGAUUAAGAAUUGUUUUUAUCUUUCCUUCAAUCAUUCGAUUAAUUUUUGUGGCAGAAAUUUCUGCUAGGAACUCGCGAGGUUUUAUUAGGCUGAUCUAACGAAGCGGAAUGAUGAAGUAAGCAAUUACGAAAGCAGUAUUUUUAAGCAGUCUUUCAGAAAUUGAAGUACUCUAUUUGCAACUAGCCGUCAGGGGCUUUUUUAAGCUUUUAUAGCCAGGCAUAUUUUUUAAGAAGUUGGUGUAUGUAAAUUUUCUCUCUGCUUCGCUCUACUGAUUGACGUAUUAGCGAAGUGCAAAAAUAGACCGAUGAAUCAUAGAACAAUGUUUUUCUUUAAAGAUAUGUGAAUUUCAUUUUUAUUCAGUUUUCUUGGUUAAAUACUAAAAUGCUCAUGAAUUUUAUCCUUAAGAAACAAAUAUUUAUCGUUUCCCAGAUUUGACAUAAAGGAGAGUCCAUUGCCAAGGUAUAACUCUCAAACAUAAUGGGUCAAAAAUUUUUCUUGGAGAACGGAAGUUUUACGGCUAAUCAGCUUUGCGAGGAAAACCCUCAUAGAAAUUUUGUCUGAUAUUGCCCUUUCAAUGAAAUCAGCGUUUGCUUAAUCAAUUUCAACGAUGCACUUGCAUCUAGCGAUAGUUUGAACUACUUCCUCACAGAACCAGCGUAUAGACGGUGACUUUUAGAACUUGUGAUGUUGCUACUAUAACAAGCUGUUUCAUAUGGCUGUACUAUUGUACUGUUCUCCGACUUUUAUUUCCUUGUUUUAGUUGUGCAUUUUAUUUUAAUACAAAUUUAUUUUAAAGCAGUAUCCCUGCUCUUCAAUUUUUCAAGGCAUUAAGUUUUUGUUUCAACCACGGCUAAGGCUGUCUCUAAUUUUAUGUUAUCUGUACCCAAUCGUCGAAGAGUGCCUGCUCUCAAUGGUGUUGAAUUGGCUCGGAUUCCUUCAAUAUCGGGUCCUUUGUUCUUCAUCAGCACUUUACUCUUUGUGACUGCUGGGUACUCCAAAUUUAUUUUUUAAUUCAUCUAUAUUAUUACGACUACUAUUACAGUUAUUGUCAUAUUUUAGUUAUCAAUGUAUUGUAUGAUAAAAUAAUAUAUAUUGGUUAUAAUUGAUUAUAGAUUUGUAAUUAAAUCAUAAGUAAUUCAUACUA